CUUUUAACAUAUUAACAUACGCCAUUCUCCCUCUCUUUCAAAAAAUCAGAUAGAUAAAUUUUUUUUUGUGUAUUGGAUAACUCAACAUGGGGAGGAUGGUUCUUAUAGCUGCAGCAAUGAUUCUGUUUGUGACCCUUCAAGUUUUACAACCUCCAUUAAUGGUUUCUGCUGCUACCAAAGGAAAGAUGGUAACUGUUUUGAGUAUCGAUGGAGGUGGUAUUAGAGGCAUUAUUCCUGGCACCCUUCUAGCUUUCCUUGAAUCCAAACUUCAGGAACUUGAUGGACCAAAUGCAAGAGUUGCAGAUUAUUUUGAUGUAGUAGCAGGAACAAGCACAGGUGGAUUAGUAACAACUAUGCUUACUGCUCCUAACAAGGAUAAUCGCCCUUUAUAUCAAGCAAAAGAAAUUUCCAGUUUCUACAUGCAGCAUGGCCCUCAAAUUUUUCCUCAAAGCAGGCGUAACAGCUUCUUGAGAAGAGUCACAAAUUUGUUUGGGGGACCAAAGUAUGAUGGCAAGUACUUGAGAACAAUUAUUACUUCAAUAUUAGGCAAUCUUACUAUGAAGCAAACGUUGACUAAUACAGUCAUACCAACUUUUGAUAUCAAACGCCUUCAACCAAUUAUCUUCAGUACUGCUGAUGCAAAAGCAAAUAUGUCUAAGAAUGCUCAAUUGUCAGACGUUUGCCUCAGUACCUCGGCCGCACCUACUUAUUUCCCAGUGCACUAUUUUGAGACUAAGGAUGCUCAAGGGAAAACACGUACAUUUAAUCUGGUCGAUGGAGGCGUAGCUGCAAAUAAUCCAACCUUAAUGGCAAUAACACACGUGUCAAAACAAAUCAUGAGGGGCAACUUUCAGUAUGAGGAUAUGGAGAAUGUGGACUGCAAGAAAAUGUUGGUUUUGUCAUUGGGAACGGGUAUAGGCAAGCACGAAGAGAAGUACAACGCUACAGUGGCUUCCAGGUGGGGGAUGCUAGGCUGGGUGUUCAACAAUGGUGCCACCCCUUUGAUAGAUAUUUUUGGUGAUGCUAGUGCUGAUAUGGUAGAUAUACAUGUUUCCACCAUGUUUCAGACCUUUGGCAGUGAGAAGAAUUACGUCAGAAUUCAGGACGACAAUUUGGUCGGGGAGGCUGCAUCUAUGGAUAUUGCAACCAGAGAAAACAUGGAGACACUUGUACAAAUUGGUAAUGGUCUAUUGAAGAAGCCAAUUUCAAGGGUCAACUUAGAAACAGGGCGAUACGAACCAGUUGUUGGGGAAGGCACCAACGAAGCUGCUAUGGUCCGUUUUGCCCAGUUGCUUUCAGAGGAAAGGAAGCUCCGAAUAGCCAACUAACAAGUGCACUUCACAGAUCACCCUAACUGGUGAUAUACUACAAGAAUUUAUCACACAAUUUUUUGGAUGAUUAGAAGAUUAAUUUUCAUUCUUUGACUUUCAAUAGUAAAAUAAACAUCCCCACGAGGAAAAUAAAAUUUA